ACCUUCAUUACUAAAGCUUAUCGGGCGAAUGAAAACAUUGGGAACAACAUAUUGUAAAACUGUAAAAAUAUGAACGCGUAUUUUAUGACGAUUGCUUUAUAGUAGGCUAUGAGAUAAUAAUAGUUGACAAAGAUGAAUACAGAGAGUGUUAUUGGGGAUGGAGCCACUUCUGAGAAGGUGACUCCAUUACUUCCUAUAAAUCACCGUUUCUUGGAGCCUGAACGGGCUGUGAAAUCCAUAACUGAUAUGGCUAUUUGGGAAAAAUCAGAAGCUUACAUGGAAUACACAGGAUUCAUUGCUACUCUCAAUGAAGCUAUAAAAAGUAAACCUUUGUCAGUUGAUUGUAAAAUAUCAGAAAAUAUAACAAAAUUUGGGCACAUGUUAGAUAAAAUAAGUAAUUUAAUAAAUGAGUUCCCACCAAUAGAGCAGCCACAACGGUUUGGCAAUAGUGCAUUUCGUGACUGGUUGGCAAAAGUGAAGGUUAAUUCUACACAGUAUCUUCAGGAUUCUCUAGAUCCCAAACUGCAUUUAGCUAUACCAGAAAUUAAGAUAUAUUUGGAGGAAAGCUUUGGCAAUGCCACCAGGAUUGAUUAUGGUACAGGUCAUGAGAUGGCCUUUAUUAUGUUCUUAUGUUGUCUUUACAAAAUAGGUUCCCUCCAGAAUGAUGAUCAUGUUGCAACUGUCUUCAUUUUGUUUAACAAAUACCUUAAUAUUGCUAGAAAGUUGCAACAAACAUACAGAAUGGAGCCAGCCGGAAGUCACGGUGUUUGGAGUCUUGAUGAUUAUCAAUUUGUGCCUUUCAUAUGGGGUAGUUCCCAGCUGAUUGAACAACCGAGAAUAUACCCGCCAGCUAAAUUUCUAGAAGAUGAUAUUAUUGAUAAAUAUUCAGAUGAUUAUAUGUUUCUAUCUUGCAUUAAGUAUAUAAAAGAAGUGAAAAAGGGACCUUUUGCCGAGCACUCAAAUCAAUUGUGGAGCAUCAGUGCUGUCGGUUCAUGGGCUAAAAUAAAUCAAGGUCUGAUAAAAAUGUAUAAAAAGGAGGUACUAGCAAAGUUUCCUGUUAUACAGCAUGUAUUAUUUGGAUCUCUUUUGCCCAUACGUAGAUUCCCUAUCCAACAUUGAUGAUAAAUAAAAGCCACUGUUGUAUUCUAUUUUUAAUUUAUUUACUGUAACAUUUUAUCUCAUAUUAUUUAUAAUCAGUAUUAUAAUAAUACUUGUAUUGAUUUGAUUUUUUAUUUGAAUCAAAUUUUGUAAUCAAAAUGUGAUAUUAAUAUAAUUUCAGUUUAGGUGUUAUUAAAAUUGGUAUUGCUAAGUCUGUAACUUAAAUGUGAAGAUAUUUCCUACAUGAUUGUAGAAUGUGGUUUUAAUUUUUUUACCUUAAUAUUUAUAUGUAAAGAUGAAUUAUUGAUGAGUAUGUAGGAUUGUUACUUUCUAAUAAAAUUCUAAGACAAUUA